CUAGUAGAUCACGUGCACGACCGCCGCGCUAUUGCGGAUGCUUUUCACGACUCGAUCUCUCCGCGGAACUCGGAUCAAUCAUCCAUUGCGACCUUUGUCUCCUACAAGAUGGCGGCACCACAGUCACGCCUGCUUGAGUUACUCAAGAGUCAGUGCCGCAUCUUCUCUCUGAACUACAAUCCUCAACGCUUGCGGCUGGGAAAUAAGAUCUUGCGACAGCGAUUGCGAGGACCGGCGCUUGCGGCAUGGUACCCUAGAAAGACCGUGUCAUUCCGUGAUCUCCAAGAGACGUACAAACCUCUUGGUUUGACCACCUUCGAUGAAGCGGAGGAUGACCGAGAAGAAGCGAUCCAGAUUGCCAAAUUAAGAGGAAAGGGACGACCGAAGAAGAAGCGAACUGCAGCAGAAUCGAGAACGGCAAAGAAGAAGAAAUAAGCCAUACGUCUUUGAGUGCACGGGACACAGGAGAAGGAUGCAUUGCUGACGUAGAUUGCGCGGUGUCUAGAAAACAUCGCGUACUCGCCUGCGGCUGGCCGCAUUCAUUCAAACUUUCUCCGGAGGAGUUCUGGGCUCUUUCUUACCAUGCGUGCUUUCCUUCCCAUGUAAUAUUAGCUUCUACCGAAAUCAUCCCAAUGAAAUAUCAGGAAAAUAGAGUAUAUGACAAUGCUUUGUCUGGAAACCAACAAUCACGAUAUAUGAUGCAUCUCUGAAAGAUCCAGUUUCGCUCUUUGCUGAAUUUACAAAUAUAAGCC